AUGAGUCCUCUUGUAAGAAAGCAGAAUCCUUAUCUAUUUGCUUCGGGAGGGUGUGCAAAUUUCAAGUUGGUUUAUUGGUUGAGUAAAUCUGGGACUUGCCUUGAAUGGUGGUCGCUUGAAAUACUAAUUUUGCUUUCUGGUCUUCUACCAAAUGCAAAGCUAGAAACAUCAGUCUUAUCCGUAUGUUUAAACAUCAGCGCAACAAUCUACACAAUCCCAGAAUCAAUUGGCGCAGCAGCAAGCGCUAGAGUUUCGAAUGAAUUAGGUUCUGCAAGUCCACAAUCAGCAAAAGUAUCUGCUUAUGCUUCCAUGAUACUGGCAGCUACCCAGGCCAUUGUGGUGGGCUCGAUAAUUUUUUCUUGCAGGCAGAUUUUGGGUUAUGCAUUCAGCAAUGAGCAGGACGUGGUGGAUUAUGUCUCAGAAUUGGCUCCUCUCUUAAGUCUCUCUGUUAUGCUGGACUGCUUGCACGGUACCCUUUCAGGUAUUGCGAGAGGAUGUGGGUGGCAGCACUUAGGAGCAUACGUAAACCUUGGAGCCUACUAUGUUUUUGGAAUUCCAAUUGCUGCUAUAUUGGGUUUCUGGGUCCAAUUUAGAGGAAAAGGGCUGUGGAUUGGAAUACUGAUUGGUGCCUUUUGUCAAACAGCUAUGCUACUUCUCAUAACAAUGUGUACAAACUGGAAAAAACAGGCAAUUGAAGCAAGUGAAAACAUUUUUCAGAGAAGUUUCUCUGUAGAAGAUGGAUUAGCUUAA